AUGCAGGUAGCUACACUCAGUUAUAAAUAUGAUCCAAUUCGAGAUAAUAUUGAAUCAAAGAAAAAACGUCAUAUUAGUCGUUAUACACAAUCAGUACAUCCAAAUGAACAAAGACAUUCAACAAAAUCAAAUAAUACAUUGCCACCUAUAAGAAAAAAUGGUGAAACACAAUCAAAAAAACGUCAAGAACAAAUAUCACAAAAUCGUAUACGUGUACAAGGCAACAGUGUUAUAUCACAUCUUACAGAUAAAUCAUUAUCAUCACUUACUAAUAAUCAAAAACCACCAAGUCGUUCGCGAAGUUGUGCAUCUGAUUAUAGUGGCUCUUUAGGCAGAAGUAGAUCAACGUCUCCAACAGGAAAUCGAUGUGGAAGUAGAGGUCUAACACGAUCAAAUUUAAAAUUAAUGCAUAAAUUGAAAUUUGGCUAUCCUAUUACAAUUCGUCCAUCUAAUUUUUAUACAAAUGACAAAAGUGCUGCUGAAUUAUUUGAAAGAGAAGACUCAUUUGUAAAUGAUUCUAUUCGAACAGCGCAUCAGAAUCGUCAAGAAUCAAUAAUUCAAAAAUAUGAACCAUUAGAUGAUCCACAUUUGCGAAAAUUUUUUCAAAAUCCAAUGGUUUUAGAUGUGGUACGUAAAACUCUUAGUAGAGAAUAUAGUCCACCAAAAGAUGUAAAUCGACGAAAACUAAAAAAGAAAAAAGAAAUACAGCACAAUACAUCUAUGAAAGAUGAAACAAUAGCUGACGAUUAUCUUCGUAUUAAUACUAAAGGUUCAUCAGGUUAUGCAAAAUUAAAUGGUUACGAUUGUGUUCCUAAUUAUUCAACGGCAAGACGACGAAAUUCGAGUAAAUUAGAUAGUAGUUUUAAUCAUGAUAGACAAAAAUUGAUUGAAAAUAGUUUUAAUUAUGAAAUGGAAAAUACAAAACACCAAAAUCGUCACCAAAAAGAUCAUUCAAGUAAGACUAUAAAUGGAAAAUAUCAAUCUGUUGAUACAUCAUUAACCAGUUUUCCAACAACAACAAGUUCUAUUAUUAAUCCCACUAAUAAUAUAAAUAUGAACGAAUCAAAAUCAGAAAAAAGAAAAAGAACAAGUGGUGAUAAAGAAAAAUUACAUCCAAUUGCAACAUCGUCACCAUUACGUCAAUUACCAAAAAUAGCAUCAUUAUCAGUUAAACAGAAUCAAAAUGAUACUGAUGAAAAUGAAAAUGAGGAAAUAAAUCCAGUGAGAACAACAAUAUCAACGCAUGAAAUAGAACAAACAGAAGAUCAAAAGCAAGAUAUUUGA